AUGGUUCCUAUGUUUUUUGUAGAGGCUUCAAGUGAGUUUAUUAAUCUUCAAAUUGAAAAUACUGAUAGCAAGAUACACAAAAUGGAGGAUAUGAUACACCAUGAACCAUUGGGCUUAAAAGAUAAGAAUCAGUUCAUUUGCAAAAUCAAGCAAUCGAAGAGUUAUGUUUCAAAUAUGGGAAUCCAUGAUGAAACUCAACAUGCCUUAAACCAGAAAAGGGAGAUAGAGGAGCACCUGAAGAAUUCAGAAAAAGAAAUCAACUCAUUAGAAGAUAAUUUAAGGAAAGAAGAAACUGAAGGCAAGUUAAAACAGCAAAUUCAGUUGGAGAAGGUGAGAGAAAAAUGGUUAAGAAAAAAAAAAAGAAAGGAAGAAGACAAUUGGAGACAACUACAUCAGUAUGACCAACGAAAUUGAGACAAAUUUGUCAAAGCAGAUGAAACCAAAAACCAUCUUCGCUUUGGUUGUUAUUUUAAUUUUAAUCUUUUUAGCUUACUAUAUAAACUAAAAUAUUCUCUUAGUUUUUUUAUAACAUUUUAUAGAUAGAUUUUGAGUUUUGAGGUUGUAGGGUGGUUUUUAGUCUGCAC